UGGGACCCGUCGAUCAUUCAGGGUGAUUUACCGCAUCCCCGCCUGUCUUUCCAUUCGUUCCAACCAAGUCGUUCGUUUUUGAAAUCGCAUUCUUUUCUUGACAGGUGCAGGGCACGAUGAAGUCGCAAAUCUUGACGACCAGCCUCUUGGCUGCUGGAGCGAGCGCUCUUGAGAAGCGUGCCUGUACCGCGACGGCGGAGUGGCCUGGCUUCGCGAAUGUCAAGCACGCCUUUGUCUUCGGCGACUCAUAUUCCCAAACAGGCUUCAACACCUCCCUCGAAGCCCCCAACCCCUCCUACCCGGGCUGGACCUCAUGCAACGGCCCAAACUGGGUUGACUACCUGACCGUGAAGCACAACGCAUCCCUCCUGUACACCUACAACCUCGCCUACGGCGGCGCUACUGUCGACGCCGACCUCGUCAAGCCCUACGCCGACACAGUGCUCACCCUCAAGGACCAGGUCCAGACGCUCUUCAGCAACGCCUACGCUGCAAAGACGGCCCCUACCUGGACCGGCGCGGACUCUGUGUUUGCCUUUUGGAUCGGCGUGAACGAUAUCGGCAACUCGUACUGGAACGGCGCCGACGCUACGUCUGCGCUGAAUACGAAGAUUGUCGACGUCUACCAAGGCCUGGCAAACGAGCUGUAUGAGGCGGGCGCGAGGAACUUUGUGUGGUUGACGACGCCGCCUGUGGACCGGACGCCGAUGCUCCUUGCUGAGAAUGCGGACGCGCAGAAGCUUUGCAAGGAUGACGUUGCUGAUUUCAACGGCAGGAUCAACGCCAUGGCAAAGAAUGUUACGACGUGGGGGGGUGCGAACUCGUGGGUUGUUGACGCCAACGGGGUGUUCAACGGUGUGCUUGACAACGUUGCCAAGUUCGAUUCUACCAAAGGGUACAAGAACACCACUGGCUACUGCGACGCGUACAAGGACGGUACGACUGCUCAGGAUACCCUUAUCGACAGCUGCACCUACCCGGUCAACGAGUAUUUCUGGCUCAACACGCUGCAUCCUACUUACCCCAUCCACGAUGCAGUUGCCGAGACCGUUGCUUCGGCCCUGGAGGCCGGGCCCAACGUGUGCUAGUUGGUGGAGCUGCUGAAUACUCGUGCCAGUUGCGUCUUCUUGUAUUUACUCCCGGGGCUAUGAACAUAUCAAAAUGGAUUGUUAC